CAAAGAUCUGUAUAAGGACGUCAUGAUGGAGGAUCACCAGACUCUCACAUCACUAGUUAAAGAAGAGAGAACAACACCGGAGAGAUGUCCCAGUCCUCUUCUUCCACAGGAUGGUUCAGGAGAACAUCACAAUGUCGCACAGGAUGAUCAGGUUCAGAAUCCAGGUGAAGAUCUGAACAUUAUAUAUGUUACAGAGGCAUAUGUGAGGGGUGAUGAGCAGAGUACAGAGGACAUUCCUACAGACAACUGCCCAGAUGACUAUAUCAUGAGCUCAAAGGAACUUCCGAUGCCUAAAGAUUUAAAAGCAAAUGAUCAUGCUCUGGUACAAGAUGCUUAUGAAGUAUUUGUCAUUAUCCCAGAUACACCCUCAGCCUUGCAAAGCAACAGUCAAUCUGAUCUGUUUCAACGAGUCCUGCCUUUUGAUUCAUCACAGACUGUUAAGCAAAAUAAAGGACACAGAAGAGGUGAACAUCCGACAACUCCCACAGGGGAGAAGCCAUUUUCAUGUUUAGAAUGCGGGAAACGGUUUAUGAAAAAAACGAUUCUUACUACACAUAAGAGAAUUCACACAGGGGAGAAACCAUUUUCAUGCUCAGAAUGUGGGAAAUGCUAUAGGAUGAAAUCAAGCCUUACUAUACACCAAAGAGCUCACACAGGAGAGAAGCUAUUUUCGUGUUUAGAAUGUGGUAAACGGUUUAGCAACAAAUCGAGUCUUUUUACACAUAAGAGAAUUCACACAGGGGAAAAACCAUUUUCAUGUUUAGAAUGUGAAAAAUGUUUUAUCCAGAAAUCAGAUCUUGUUAAACAUCAGAGAGGUCACACAGGGGAGAAGCCAUUUUCAUGUGCAGAAUGUGGGAAAUUGUUUAGGAAAAAAUCAAAACUUAUUAUACAUGAGAGAGUUCACACAGGGGAGAAACCAUAUUCGUGUUCAGAAUGUGGGAAACAGUUUACAAACAAAUCAAGUCUUAUUACACAUAAGAGAAUUCACACAGGGGAAAAACCAUUUUCAUGUUUAGAAUGCGGGAAAUGGUUUAGGAAAAAAUCAAAUCUUAUUAUACAUGAUAGAGUUCACACAGGGGAGAAACCAUAUUCAUGUUCAGAAUGUGGAAAAUGUUUUAGUCAGAAAUCAGAUCUUGUUAAACAUCAGAGAAGUCACACGGGGGAGAAACCAUUUUCAUGUGCAGAAUGUGGGAAAUGUUUUGGCGAUAAAUCAAGUUUAAUUUCACAUAAGAAAAUUCACACAGGAGAGAAGUCGUUUUCAUGUUCAGAAUGUGGGAAAUGGUUUAGGAAAAAAUCAAAUCUUAUUAUACAUGAGAGAGUUCACACAGGGGAGAAGCCAUAUUCGUGUUCAGAAUGUGGAAAAUGUUUUAGUCAGAAAUCAGAUCUUGUUAAACAUCAGAGAAGUCACACGGGGGAGAAACCAUUUUCAUGUGCAGAAUGUGGGAAAUGUUUUAGUGAUAAAUCAAGUUUUAUUUCACAUAAGAAAAUUCACACAGGAGAGAAGUCAUUUUCAUGUUCAGAAUGUGGGAAAUGGUUUAGGAAAAAAUCUAAUCUUAUUAUACAUGGGAGAGUUCACACAGGGGAGAAGCCAUAUUCGUGUUCAGAAUGUGGAAAAUGUUUUAGUCAGAAAUCAGUUCUUGUUAAACAUCAAAGAAGUCACACAGGGGAGAAACCAUUUUCAUGUGCAGAAUGUGGGAAAUGUUUUAGCGCUAAAUCAAGUUUUAUUUCACAUAAGAAAAUUCACACAGGAGAGAAGUCAUUUUCAUGUUCAGAAUGUGGGAAAUGGUUUAGGAAAAAAUCUAAUCUUAUUAUACAUGAGAGAGUUCACACAGGGGAGAAGCCAUAUUCGUGUUCAGAAUGUGGAAAAUGUUUUAGUCAGAAAUCAGAUCUUGUUAAACAUCAGAGAAGUCACACGGGGGAGAAACCAUUUUCAUGUGCAGAAUGUGGGAAAUGUUUUAGCGAUAAAUCAAGUUUUAUUUCACAUAAGAAAAUUCACACAGGAGAGAAGUCAUUUUCAUGUUCAGAAUGUGGGAAAUGGUUUAGGAAAAAAUCAAGUCUUAUUAUACAUGAUAGAAUUCACACAGGGGAGAAGCCAUAUUCGUGUUCAGAAUGUGGAAAAUGUUUUAGUCAGAAAUCAGAUCUUGUUAAACAUCAGCGAAUCCAUACAGGGAAGAAGCCAUUUUCAUGUUCAGACUUGGAAAAGUUGUAGCUUUAAACCAGAACUUGUUAUACAACAGAGAACUCACACAGCGGAGAAGCCAUAUUUAUGUUCAAAUGUGGGAAAUGUUUUAAUCAGAAAUCAGAAUUUACCAUCAGAGAAUUUACACUGGGGUGCA